AGUCAGUCAGAUGAACGCGGUCCGAUAUCGAUGGAGCAUCAAAAACCCUAUUUCCCCUUCCCCCCGGUAUAUAGCAUAGUUUAGUAAGAGGUGUGGCGAUCGCCGUACGCGCAUUUGGCUUCUAAGUACUACUCUCACGCUCCUCAUUGCAUAUCAAGCGCUACGCUAACCAUGUCUACCAGUGAGCUUGCUUGCGCCUACGCCGCCCUGGCUCUUCACGAUGAUGGAAUUGCAAUCACUGCGGACAAGAUUGCAGCCGUAGUAGCAGCUGCAGGGCUCUGUGUGGAAUCCUACUGGCCUAGCCUAUUUGCGAAGUUGGCGGAGAAGAGGGAUAUUGGGGACCUUCUUCUGAACGUUGGCUGUGGUGGCGGCGCUGCGGCUGCUGUGUCUGUAGCUGCUCCUGCUGGUGGUGCUGCGUCUGCUGCCGCUCCUGCCGUUGAGGAAAAGAAGGAGGAGCCGAAGGAAGAGAGUGAUGACGACAUGGGAUUCAGCUUAUUCGAUUAGAAGGCCCUUUUGUUGCGUUGUUGCAUUGCAUUAGGACAUUUUUGGGUGGUAGCCUUAUUGGAUUUAUCUUUAUUUUUCUCUGUUCAAUCGUCUCAAGUUUUUUAGUAGUGAGUUUGUAGUUCUCUUUUUCAUUUAAUUUACAAUGGUAAUUGGUCUUUUCAACUUCUGUUUGAUUACUAAAACAAUGAAAUGAGAUGAAAGCCAACCCGUGCUUCUUGGAUUGAUAA